UGUAAGGGAGUUUUAGUAAAUAUAGGCUAAGAAUAGGGGAAUGAUAGUAAUUGUCGCUUGUAUGUUUUGCUUUAAUAUAGUACAGAGAGAAGCACUCUUCCUGGUCUUACUUAAAUUUUUCUACUUCGCAAGUGGCAACUUGUUUGAUUAAUUUGAUAUGAUUGUCUUCCCUCGUUGUAUAUAAAUUGCUGCCUUGCUUCUGUUCCGUUUAUUGCUCUGCUGCCUUCAUUCAUUUCUUCUUGAGGUGGAUACCCUUUUCUGGGUAUUGCUGGAAUCUAAGGUUUCAGCCUUUUGCUGAAUAUAGACAUCGAAUUUGCUAAGUUCUAGGUGAAUUACCAAAACAACAGAAUAAGCAAUACAGUAUACCCCAGCAUCUAGCAACCAUGGCAGAAGAAGAUAUCUAUGCUAAAGAUGGAACGGUUGAUUAUCGUAAGAGACCAGCAAUCAAGAAGGAAACAGGAACCUGGAAAGCUUGCCCCUUUAUCCUAGGUAAUGAAUGCUGUGAACGUUUGGCAUACUAUGGGAUGAGCACCAACCUUGUGAAUUAUCUCUUGAAACGACUCGGCCAGGGUACUGCUUCAUCUGCUAAUAAUGUCACUAAUUGGUCUGGAACUUGCUACAUUACACCAUUGAUUGGAGCCUUUCUAGCUGAUGCCUACCUCGGAAGAUAUUGGACAAUUGCCAUUUUCUCGAUCAUCUAUGUUUUUGGGCUGACAUUGCUAACGUUGUCAGCAUCUGUGCAUGGACUAGUUCCAUCAUCCUGCGACAGCAAUGGUGUUUGCCACCCAACAAUAGGACAAAGUGUCAUCUGCUUUGCAGCACUUUACAUUAUUGCUCUGGGGACUGGAGGGAUCAAGCCUUGUGUCUCCUCCUUUGGUGCAGAUCAGUUUGAUGAAGCUGACGAGGCUGAGCGGAAACAUAAAAAUUCUUUCUUCAAUUGGUUUUAUUUUUCUAUCAACAUCGGUGCUCUUGUUGCUGCUUCUGUUUUGGUGUAUAUACAGAUGCAUGUGGGAUGGGGAUGGGGUUUUGGUAUUCCAGCAGUGGCAAUGGCAAUUGCAGUUGUGAGUUUCUUCUCAGGUACACGGAGGUUUCGGAACCAGAAACCAGGAGGUAGCCCUCUGACACGCCUUUGCCAGGUGAUCGUUGCAUCCUUGAAGAAAUUUCAAGUUACAGUACCUGCUGAUAAGUCUCUUCUGUAUGAGACUGCAGAUGAGGAGUCUGUUGUCAAAGGAAGUCGCAAGCUUGAUCACACAAAUACGUUGACUUUCUUGGACAAAGCAGCAGUUGGGACAGAGAAAGAUCAGAUCAAGGGCUCAGUUAAUCCAUGGAGACUCUGCUCGGUGACUCAAGUUGAGGAGCUCAAGUGCAUUAUACGAAUGCUUCCUGUAUGGGCCACCGGCAUAAUCUUUUCUACUGUAUAUGCUCAGAUGAGCACCAUGUUUGUCUUGCAAGGAGACACCAUGGACAUUCACAUGGGACCACACUUUACAAUCCCCCCAGCAUCUCUCUCCAUCUUUGACACAAUCAGUGUGCUUAUCUGGGUUCCAAUUUAUGACUUCCUUAUUGUCCCAUUUGUCAGAAGAUUCACUGGGCACAAACAUGGAUUCACUCAACUCCAACGGAUGGGAAUCGGCCUUUUCAUCUCAAUCUUUUCCAUGGUGGCUGCAACAAUUCUGGAGGUAAAGAGACUUCACAUGGUUAGGCAGCGCAACCUAUACGAUGCUGAUGAUACCAUACCAAUGUCAGUAUUUUGGCAGAUCCCACAAUACUUCCUCAUUGGAUGUUCAGAGGUGUUCACCUUCAUUGGGCAGUUGGAGUUCUUCUAUGAGCAAGCACCUGAUUCCAUGCGGAGCCUGUGCUCCGCUCUCUCACUCACAACAAUAGCCCUUGGGAACUUCUUGAGCACACUACUAGUUAACAUUGUUACUAGUAUCACAAAAAGGAAUGGAAAUCCUGGCUGGAUACCAGACAAUUUGAACCGGGGUCACAUUGACUACUUCUUUUUGCUCUUGGCCAUCAUGAGUAUUGUGAACUUGAUAGUUUAUAUCUUCAUUGCAAGGUGGUUCACCUAUAAAAAGGCUGUUGGGGAAUUUCGUAAAUAGUUACAUGAUCUUAUGCUUCAAUGAAACGAUUGAUAGGUUUCACAAGUAUACUUGUACCCUCUUUCUGUAUUGAGGGUAGCAGUCUUGAUUGUAUUUUUAUAGGUGCUUUUGUACUUUUUAGUUCUUACUGUUUCUGAUGGUCGGAGUUUAAGGAGUAGUAAAAUUUUCAGGGGCCAGCACUAGAAAAAAAAAAUGUUGGCUUUUGAAGACCAAAGAAUCAAGAAUGGAGAACUUGUUCUUUGCACUCUCAAAUAAAUGUAAAACAGCUACAAUUCAUCACUGCAAUUCACUGGUGUCUCUUAACA